AUGGCAUACAAAUCUAACGCAUUAAUAUUACUAUUUGUAUUAUGUUUUACUAAACUUGCCUCUGGAUUUUACAUUCCCGGUCUUAGUCCGACCACAUAUGAAUUUGGUGAUGUAGUGCCGCUAUAUGUCAAUAAAAUAUUUUCCGACAAAACACAACUUCCUUUCGCGUAUGGUGACUUACCCUUUGUAUGUCCGGUUGAGAAAGGUGGGAACCGCUGGUUAAAUUUAGGCGAGGUAUUAAGAGGAGAUCGCAUCGAGCUUUCAAAGUUCAAGAUUAAAGCGUUGGAAAAUAAAACAUGUUCGAUAUUAUGUGCGCGGGAUUUAACGGUUGGUGAAUCUAUGGAAGCUAAACAUUUGAUAUCAAAGGAUUAUAAAGUAGAAUGGAUCAUUGAUAAUCUUCCUGGUGCCACCGCUUAUAAAACCAUAGAUGGAAAUCAUAAGCAAUAUGAGGUUGGAUUUAAUCUAGGAGAAAAGGAAGAAAAGAAAAAAGAUGUGAUUAAGACUUAUCUUAAUAACCAUUUCGCCUUAAGAAUAUUAUACGAGAAAAAAAAUAAUGAUCCUAACGGCAUUCUUAUUGUUGGAUUCGAAGUAGAGCCGAGAUCCAUUUUUGGGUUAAAAGGUGCUUGCCCCGAUUAUCCAAACAAUCCUGAAAAUCCUAAAUUAGAAGUUGACGCUAGCACAACGCAAGUCACUUAUACUUACUCUGUUGAUUGGCAAGAAACCAAAGAUGUUACAUGGGGAAAUCGAUGGGAUCUUUACUUGACUAAUUCGGAUCCUCAAAUUCAUUGGUAUUCCAUUAUCAAUUCCCUGAUCAUUGCCUUAUUCCUUUCAGCCAUGGUAGCCAUCAUUAUGCUUCGGACACUUAACAGAGAUAUCGCGUUGUAUAAUGAAAAAGAUUUGAAAAUUGAAGAUCAGGAUGACACGACUGGUUGGAAAUUGGUUCAUGGAGAUGUUUUCAGACCUCCUAAAUGGGGUGGUCUUUUGUCACCACUGCUUGGCUCGGGGGUGCAAGUUUUAUUUAUGGGAAUAUUUACAAUGGUAUUUUCAUUAUUGGGUGUCUUAAAUCCUUCUUAUCGUGGUGGUUUUGUCUCUUUUGCUCUAUUUCUAUUUGCCUUCUCUGCAGUUUUUGCUGGCUAUUAUAGCUCACGAAUGUAUAAAGUCUUUAAAGGAACAGCAUGGAAAAAGAAUGCAAUUGUGACUUCAAUUUUAUUCCCUGGCUUCAUCUUUGGUGUCAUUUUUAUAUUGAACCUCUUCAUAUGGUCUCAACAUUCAUCGAGUGCAAUUCCUUUUGGCACUUUCUUUGUUUUAAUCUCUAUUUGGUUCUUUAUCUCCUUACCGCUUUCUUUAAUUGGAGCUUACUUUGGCUAUAAGAAAACAACAAUUGAACACCCAGUACGCACUAAUCAAAUUCCACGCCAAAUCCCCGAACAAAUUUGGUAUUUGCAACCUGGAAUUAGAAUUAUCAUUGGUGGUGGAGAUCCUUCUUUGUUGGAGGAAGUUCAGCCUUCUACAUAUUUCUAUACAGCAUUUUUUAUUUCGUCAGGCUACAGAUCUCUGGCUUCAUCCCGACCCUUGUCUACUUCAUGUACAGUUUUCUAG